CGUUGGGUCUGUUGCGUAAGAUAAACUUUUAAAGUGCGUAUACAGGACAGUCUCUCAUCAGACGCUGAGACGGCGUUGAGAAUCUCACAUUUAAUGGGGGAGAGGAAGAAUUUGUUUACUGCAGCCGGUGAUGCGCAAAUAAGUUAGUUUGCCUGCGUUUCAGCUCCGUCUAAUUAUCGGUCCCUCUGAAUAGCCGUGCUCUGUGCAGCCUGCGUUUGCUGGUCUGACAAGAGACGUUGGUCCAUCCAGGUCGUUUUUUUCCUUCAUCAGUUGAUGCUGCAAGGCGUGCCUGUGUCCCGUACAUGUGAUUGCGAGGGGAGGUGGUUUUCUAAAAGAGUUUGCAGGGACACCGAUUGCAUCACUCGAGAGCCAGACUACCCCCGGAGCUGUCCGUAGAUAGCUUUUGGUCGUUGGAUAUACCUUGUCGUUGACGCGGUUUGCAACCGUACACCCCGGACGGGAAGGAAAAAGAACAAGGUUGCGGUUUUCAUAAUGGGAGCAUCGAUCUCGACGAGGCAGGACGGCAGGGCAGAGGAAGAUGUGACGACCGAGGAGCAGAAUGCGGAGGUGAACGAAAUCCAGGAGGGGGAGGAGGUUGACGCAAAGCUCCUGCAGAAGAACGGUCAGAUCUCUAGUCUGAAUGGGGGAACUGAGGAACACCCAGCUGAGCUCAACGGCUGCACUGAGGAGAAGGUCCUGGCAGAAGUUGGCCAGACGGACUCCGUGUCUGCGUCCCAGAAGGAGGACACUCCCGAAACCAUGGAGGUGAUCCCGGAGGAAGUGGCUCCUCAGGUGAAUGGCGAAAAGGAGGAGAAGGAGUCGGCCGACGCAGACGAGGUGACUGCGACGGAGGAGGAGAAGCUGGCCGAGGAGACGUCCCCGGAGGCCAACGAAGUGGGCUUCAAGAAAAUCUUCCGCUUCGUCGGGUUCAAGUUCACCCUGAAGAAGGACAAGAACGAGAAGGUGGAGCCGGUGCAGCUGCUGAACGUGAAAAAGGAGGACGCGGCUGAGGCCUGCAGCUCCGAUGAGGUAGCGGAGGAGCCAAAAGAGGAGGCCACCGCCGCAGAGGAGGCGCAGCCAGUGGAGGAGGAGGAGAAGGCCGCGGAAGAGCCGGCAGCCAGCGAGCCCGCAGCUGAGCCAGUGACCGAAGAUGAAGAAACCCCCGCUGAGAAAGUCAAUGGAGACGCCACCGAGCAGGUACCAAAGGAGGAAGAGCCGACUGAGGAAGCUCCCCCCGAGAAGGAGGCGGAGCUGUCGCCAGACUCCCCGCCCGCCCCUGCUGUCCAGGAAACGCAGUCCUCCCUGAGGAGGUUCUUCACGCAGGGCAUCUUCUCCAACCUGCGCAAGAAGACAAGUUUCAAAAAGCCAAAGGAAGAGGAGGUGCCGAAGGAGAAGGAGCCUGAGGAGGAAAUAAAGGAGGCAGAAGAAACAACAGAAUCCCCCGCGGUGGAAGAGGCUGAGACGUCUAAAGAGGAGGCCGCGCCCGAAGCUCCACAAGAAGAGCCUGCCGCACCCGAGGAAGCUGAGCCUGAACCUGCUAGUAAGGCAGAACCCGUUGCUGAGGAAGAGCCUGUUGCUAAGGAAGAGCCUGCCGCCGAGGAAGAGCCUGUUGCUAAGGUAGAGGACGCCGCUGAGGAAGAGCCCCUCGCUGAGACAGAGCCCGCCGCUGAAGCAGUGGCACCCGUUGCCGUGGAAGAAGAGGUCACGGUGGAAGGUGACGUCCCUCCAACUGCUUCAGAAGAAGUCGCAGAGGUCACUGCAGCUGCUGAAGAUGCCCAACCACAAGACGAGAAAGUAGAAAGCUCGGCCGAGGGGCAGGCCGUCCCAGAGGAGGCUCCGGCAGCCACGACCGAGCCCGAACUACUGUCUUCCCAAGAGAAAGCCAAAGUCCAAGGGAGUCCACUGAAGAAACUCUUCUCAGGGUCUGGUCUGAAGAAGAUCUCCUCCAAGAAGCAUAAAGCUAAGAAAGAGGCAGAGGCGAAGCUGACUGAAUCCGGAGAGCAGGUUGCUGAGCAGCUUCAGUCGUCCACUGAAUCGGCAGAGGCCCAGAAAGGAGAGAGUUCAGCUUCUUCUCCAGAGGAAUCUGGGGAACAUGUUCUCAGUGAAGCUACCCCGGCGGAGGAGAGCCAAGAAAACGAGGGAGAGGCGACUACCUCUGACGGAGAGAGAAAGAAGGACGGCAUUCUUCCCUGGGCCUCCUUCAAGAAGCUGGUGACACCGAAGAAACGCGUCAAAAGGCCUUCUGAGAGCGAGGAUGAGGGUGCUGAGAAACCCAAGUCCGCCACCCUGUCCUCCACAGAAAGCGCUGAGAAACCCGAAGAGCCCAAGCCCGCCGAGGAGGAACCCAAGGCGACGCUAGAGCAAAGCACCGAAGAGCCUAAGAAGAAAAUGGACACGUCUGUGUCAUGGGAGGCGCUGAUCUGCGUGGGAUCGUCCAAAAAGAGGGCCAGGAAAACAUCGGACUCCGACGACGAGGCGCCCAGGAUCGAGGAGGAAGCCCUGCAGUCCGGAGAGGAAGGCAAAAAACCGGUGGAGUCGCCGCUCGGAAGCUCACAGGAAGCAGACCGUGAGCAUUUGGCGUCGUCCCCGGAGCCAGCCGGGAGCCCCUCCGACGGCGAGGGAGUGUCCACCUGGGAGUCCCUGAAAAGGUUCGUCACCCCACGCCGGAAGGCCAAAGCCGAGGAUAAAACCGACGAGUCCGCCGGGACCUCCGGAGCCGAGCCCGUGUCCUCGGACGGUGAAAUCCCCAAAGAGGAGUCCACCUUUUCCCUGAAGAAGCUGAUCCCUGGACGCAGGAAGAAGAAGACGGAGGGGAAGCACGGGCAGGCAUCGGACGAGGCGGGCAAAGACGUGGGAUCAGCGGAGGAGGACUCGGACACACCCGCCGUGGUUCCGUUGUCUGAGUUUGACACUGUUGAGCCAGAUCAGGUGAAAGUUGCACAAACGGAGGAGGCAGUGACCGCGGAGGUUGCAAGUACUACAGAGGCUGAGGCGACAAAGCCAGAACCAGAACCAGAGCCCGAGGUGGAGGAGCCCAAAGAAGUUGCCGCUGCUACUGCUGCUGAUGAAAGAUCGCCGUCCUGGAUCUCAGCCUCAGUCGUGGAGGAGAUUCAGGAGAGCACAACCGAGUGCGUAACCAAACACCUGCAGCUGAGCGACAUUCCGGAAGAAGGUGACACUGUGGCCACGCCUAAAUCCAUCACUGAAGAUGUUUCUAGGGAUGAUACCAUCGCUGAGGACAUUGUGGAUUUGGCAUCGGAGGUGGUGACAGCCGUGGAGCAGGCACCUGAAAUGUCCAUCGCAGAGGAAACAACGGAGAUGGUCUCGGCUGUCUCUCGACUUACGGAAUCUCCCGGCACAUCUGGCGAAACCACACCAGUGCCAGGAGAGGGUGAGGAGAAAAAGACGGAGGCAGUGUUGCAGGAGGUUGUGGAAACUGUCAGUGUGGAGUUACACGAACCAUCUCAGGCCACGGCCAUAUGCACAGGCCUUGAAUCUCAAGAGAUUGAGUCAGUGGAGGAGAAGACUCUGAAGGCCUCUGUUGAGAGCGUCACGGAGUUCAGUGAAGCUGCAUCCAUGGAGGUAGUGGUCGAGGAUAAGACGGAACCAUCUGAGGUGGCAGACGUUGCUGAGGAGGCAGUCCAUGAGGCCGUAGCACAGGAGGUCAAAUUGGAACUCCAAGAGUUGGCUGCGCCCAUGGUGGAGGCUACCAAGGCCGUGGAGGAAGAGGUGGAGCCAGCAGAGGAGGUGCCACCUUCGGAAAUCACACCGGAUCAAGCUGCGGAGGUGGGAGAGGUCAAAGACGAACAAGGAGCCGCUGAAAUAGCUGACGAGCUGCAAGAAGUCAAACCAAUUAACGUUGCCGUGGUGAACACGGUGGACGCUGGAGCCGAGCACGUAGAAGCGGUUGUGGUUACCGAGAACACUCCUAAAGUUGAGGCCGAAGGGCCGGCAGAGAGCACGGUGGAAGAAUCGGUCUGCAGCCAAACCUCACAGGUCACCGAGGUACCCACUUUGGAGGGCGAGAAAGUGCAGGACCUGGAUGAUGUGAAGCAGUCCUCUGCUGAUGCUGAGCUUGCGCCGGCGGAGGAGGUGCUUGAGGUCGUGACACAGGAAGUGAUUACCUCAGUGCCCGAACCCCUGACAACGGUGGAGAUUCAAGAGGCUCCAGUUCCUGACGAGGCACCUGCUGCAGAAUUUGCAGUGGUCCAAGAGACAGUGAGCAUUACUUGCCCUCCUUCUGAAACAAUUCAGCCCGAAGAAGGAGAGGCUCCAUCAGUACAGUUAAGUGACAAUGACAUAGUCCAGGUUGAAGUGAAGGACACAGAGAGGCUGUCAGCAGAACCCAUCCUUGAGGCAGAACCUGAAGCAGCUUUAACUGAGGUGACUGCCAUUGAGGAGGUCCUAGCUGAGGUGAAGGCGGCAGACGUAGCUGUUGAGGCAGAAAUCAAGGCAGCUUCCACCAGCGAGACCACCAUUGAAGGACAGGUUCUAGUCGUGGAGGAAGAGGUGGGCAAGCUUGCUGCAGAACCCGUCAUUGAGGCAAAACUUGAAGCAGCUUCAACAAGCCAGAGUGCAGUUGUCGAGGAGGUCAGUGAGAAGGUGGAGGAAAUUAAGGAAGGUGUGCAGGCAGUGCAGGGAGAAGAGGAGGCCAUUGAAGAGCAGAGCACAGUCAUUGUCCAGACAGUCAUCCAGAGUGUGGUAGAAAACCUAUCUGAGACUGUGGAGGAGUCAGAAGCAGAAUCCCAGGAGGUACAGAAAACUGAGGCGGAAGCCCCGGAAACCACACAGGUCACUGAGGAAGCGCCAGCGAUAGUGGCAGAAGCUGAAGAGGUGCCAAGUGACACAAAAGCCUCUGAAACAACUGGAGAUUCUGAUACUCUGCCUGCACCUACAGAGGAAGUUGUGGUGGAUGCAAUCACACAACCGGCUGUGGCAGAGGCAAAGGAUGAAGAUGACAAAGAAAAGUCAGAGACUGUUGAAGUUUCCGAGGAGGAAAAAGCACCAGUUGUCACAGAGGAACCCACACAACAAAUUCAAGAAGCUGUGCAGGUCCUUCAGGUGCUCCCAAUCGAAGAUGCACAGGUUCUCGCAAACGAAGAGGUCUGUCAGGAAAUCGCCUCAGCGGAGGUUGAGGGUGGGAGUAAACAGGUAGUAGAAGUGGAAGUUAAGGAAGAGGAGGAAGCGAAGGUUCUAGAAGAACAGGUAGAAAAGGCGACAGAAUGUUUGGAAGUGGCCGCCCAAGAAUCAGGAGAGGCAAAGGUUGACAGUAAGUCAGAGGGCCAGAAAGAGGCUCUGGUGGAAGAGGCCCAAAGUGAGAGGGAAAGUGAAAAGAGCGAGAGCAAAGCAGAGGUGGAGUCAGAGGUCAAAGGUCAAGAGGAGGCGCCUGAGGCAGAGAUUCCCAAAGACGCCCAACCGCCUCAGGACAUUCCGGCUGAGGAAGUGGUAGUUGCAGGAGAGGCUCUCUCCGACGCUCCUGCCACAGAGGUUCCGAGUCGGGCUGAAGAGGUAGCCGGCGCGACGCCGCAGCCCGAGGCGAAAGCAGAAGCUCCCGAGGUCUCCGACGCGAAGGCAGAACCAGGACCGGCGGCCGAAGCCCAGACCACGGACUCGCAAACCCCUGCGGACGCAGCCGAAGCCGAGACGGAAGAAAGCACCCAGAAGGACACGACGGAAGUAAGCGAGGAGCAAGCGGCCGCCGUCCCUGAACCACCUGUGGAACAAGCUCAGACGUCCGUACCGCCGGCUGCAGAGGAGAAAGAGAAAGAGAAGAUGCCGGCUGCGGGAAAGGAAACGACCACCGUUGUAGGAGACGUCAAGUGUAGGGAGACGACGGUGAAACGGCAGGCGACGGAGAUGAUGACUGCGGAGGUGAUGGAGGAAACUGUGAAUGAAAUCGAACCCGUGUCUACAGAGUUGACAACAGCAUCAUGAGCUGGUCGAAGCCACGGGACGAUCCUCUGCCUGGAAGACGGCGUGUCUGAACAGGAACAGGAAGUCGGAGCGCGCUCUGGCGCACACACUGAGACUGUGCUCUGCCUCUUAAGAGCAAGUGGACUGAAGGACAAUUCCAACCCUCUCCUGCAACAUUCUGCCCUGUCACGAAACGAAGAUGCUCCUGGGACCUCUUCUGGGAGAUCCCCCCCACCCCCCCAACCCCACACACACACACACACACACACACACACACACGCACACGCGCGUGCGCACGCGGUCCUGCACAUCUCUGAAGUCCUCAUCAAGCUUGUGAUUAAUGUGAUGUAUGUUUUUGUGGUCUUUAG